CCUUGUCUGCAGGGCGAGAGCAAUGACGUCAAGCCGCCCCGUUUCUAGCAUCGCGAGACUGCGCUCCCCGCCGCCCGCGCCUCCUGCCAGGCGGCGGCUGGGAUGGCCAGCCGCACAGCUGAGGCGGUGACGAUAGCAGAGGUUUUGCUAUUGGAUGAAGAGGCUUGAGGGACGGGGUGGCUUGGUGAACAAGGAGAGACCGAGGCAGGUGGCCCCUAGAGAGCGAGGGCAAUGGAGGCCAACAUGCCGAAGCGAAAGGAGCCUGGCAAGUCCCUCCGAAUCAAAGUCAUCUCCAUGGGCAACGCUGAAGUGGGAAAAAGCUGUAUUAUAAAGCGAUACUGUGAGAAAAGAUUUGUAUCUAAAUACCUGGCAACAAUUGGAAUUGACUAUGGAGUCACAAAGGUUCAAGUCAGAGACAGAGAAGUCAAAGUCAACAUCUUUGAUAUGGCUGGACAUCCCUUCUUCUAUGAGGUUCGCAAUGAGUUUUACAAGGACACACAGGGCGCAAUGCUGGUUUUUGAUGUUGGGCAAAAAGACUCCUUUGACGCUCUUGAUGCAUGGCUGGCAGAAAUGAAGCAAGAGCUUGGACCUCAUGGAAACAUGGAAAAUAUUGUAUUUGUAGUGUGUGCCAACAAGAUUGAUUGUACCAAGCACCGCUGUGUAGAUGAAAGUGAAGGGCGUCUUUGGGCUGAAAGCAAAGGGUUCCUGUACUUUGAAACUUCAGCACAAACUGGAGAAGGAAUCAAUGAGAUGUUCCAGACCUUUUAUGUAUCCAUAGUUGAUUUAUGUGAAAAUGGCGGGAAACGUCCUAUCACAAAUAGCAGCGCUAGUUUCACCAAAGAACAAGCAGACACCAUUCGCAGAAUUCGAAAUAGCAAAGAUAGUUGGGACAUGCUGGGAGUCAAACCUGGGGCCUCAAGGGAUGAAGUCAACAAAGCAUACCGGAAGCUGGCUGUGCUUCUUCACCCAGACAAAUGCGUUGCACCUGGUAGUGAAGAUGCCUUCAAAGCCGUUGUGAAUGCCCGGACAGCCCUCCUGAAAAACAUCAAAUAGGAAAUAGAGAAAAAGACAAGUGUGAGACUCAAGUGUAAACAGACCAUCCCCAGAGGUGAAAUAACCAGCAUGGAUUUUGCCUUCACAAAAUUCUUACCGCUGUUUUUACUCAUGUGUUGUCAUUUGCAGAUCAAUAAUUCAGAUGUCCGUUACCAUUUCCUAGAUAUUUUACAGAGAGAUGAUCUACAUUUGUGUGAAGUGAAGAGAACCAAGCUUCACUGUACUUAUUCAUUUAAUACUUCUCGAUAAUCUACGUGUUUUUCCUCAUUCAUUUGUCAGCUCUGUAAUUAGGCACUUUGCUCAAGAAAGUUCAGGAGGUUUCUGGAGGGGAAAAACUUUCACCAUUUAUUUUUUUAAUUAUCAGAAAAGAAGACAACAAAAAUGGAAGCAGACAGUAUCAAACCUCCUGCAAAUUUGUGGUGUGACCUUACAAGCAAAUUGUUUCUUUUACAGUGAAUUCCUUAGGUGGUGCUCUAACCACUGAUCUAUAGUUAUUGAACCCUUGGCAGCCCUUUGGAAGUUUGUGAAAUGAGGCUAUUCAGCUCUGAAGUGAACCGCCCUGUUAUGACAUCUACUCUGUUCCCUUCUCCAACCACCAGGGGGAGAGACAGGCCAGGCCACCACCAGGAGAGAAAAGGCAGUGGCAGCUACAGAUUCUGGGUAGGCUGGCUACUGCUAGUCAUGGCCCUGGAUAUGAGCCAUUCUUCUCCCCAUGGAAAUGGCUGCUGGUAGCAGUAGGGAGCACUGUGCACUAGGAAGCAGGACUCAGACCCCAAGACAGAAGUACUGCAGGCACACCUAGGGAUUAUGCACACGUCCUCAGAGGGAAAGGCCAGCCUCAUCUGAGGCCUAUUUGAGCCACUGGGCAAGUCACCAUACAAGGCUUAUACUUUCUCUUAUUUCUGCAUCAGUUGCCAAAGAUAGGGGGGAAAGGCAGGGCUGCCCCUCAGCAAACUGGGCUUCUCUCCUUGCUUCUUCAUCAGUGGUGGUUCUCUCUUUUUUCCCCUCUUCUUCCUUUCCCCUCUUGCUUGUGUUUGUGUGUUGGUUUUAUACCCCAGAUCUGCCAUCAUUUUCUCUCUUCUUGAAUCCCUGGCUUCCAGCCACUGCCUCUUUGGUCAUCCCUUGCAAACCUUGACCUGGGCCUGGUUAACCAGAGACAAGUAUAGACCCUUUGGGUGGUGGUGGAGGGAGAGCUGAAGGCAUGGGCAGGGAGGAAUCUCCAUAGUUUUUCUGGGUAGUAAUAUUUUUAAACUACAGAUUAUGAAAACUAAUUUCACUUAGAGAAGUAACAUUCUUUUGCAAUAGUUUCCUCUUUGAUAUAUAAGAGAGGGGUGAAUAUCAGGUAUUAGGACUGAAUUUUUUUACACCGUUUAUUGAACCAGUCUCACUACUUAUUACAUCAUCACUCACAUUACUCAUAUUUGUAGUUACAUUAAUUGGGGCUUUAACAUAUGUGUGAAAUGUUACUGUCCUGUGAAUUAUAAACAGCUAUCCCAUGUUGAUCACCAAAUAGCAUCUUCCUUACCACCUAAGAAGGAAAGCCACUUUCACAUAAUCCAAGCCCAUGCAGUCUUCUGGACUUUGCCCCUCUCCGGCGCAGCUUUACUUUGUGUGGCCGUACUCAGGCUGCGUCACCGUUACUGGUUUUCAAUAAACCAGAACAUUGUGAGUGAAGCCUGAGUUUUCAUCUUGGUGAUACUGAAAAUACUUUUGUUUAUGAAUUGGGAUCUGAUACAUGAUUUAUUGUAGGAUUUUCCUCUGGCCUUUGAGCUAGCUUCUGGGACUGCAGAACUCCAAACUACUUGUAAUAAAGUCCUUCUGGACCUGACUUUUGCUCGAGGCUCUCACUAUGGCUAAAGCAGUCAAACAUAGCUCUGACUCUUGCAACAGAACUUAAAAGUUUUAUGAAUGAGGAGAUGGAGUGUCAGCCCAGGAGGGACUGGCAGCUCACUGAGUAGGUGGCCCUGUGCAGAAAGCUGUGCAGUUCUCACCACUGCUACACUAGAUCCGUCUCCUCAUCCGAGUUAACAGUGUGCAGAUGAGCAGUCAUAGCAGAGCUCCUUAGUGCGUCCGUUCACAUCCUUGUAUCAUGAGGAUGUGACUUGUUAAAAUCCAGAUCUUUAUUCUCAGGCCUUGGGGCUCAGCUUCCAAUGUCUUCAUUAUUCACAGUAAGGGUGGCCAUAAACUACUUCAUUUAUGUAAAAGGAAGGCAAUAAGAAAGCUAAGCUAUACGGCCCUAGAAUUUUUCUGAUUUCAACAAUCCUUGAGCAGAUAAUUGAAAUAAUAAAGCAUGAUUUGCAAUGAAAAGUUUUUUGGGUACUAACUUCAUGUAAAACUUUAUAGACUGCUGUGUAUUAAUUUAAAUUCUUGAUGCAGACAUGUACCCUGUAGUUUAAGCUUAUUAAAAUUCUUCAGCCAGUUAGGGUUUCAGAGUACAUCACUAAGAGGAACAAUUAGCAGAAUAAUCUCAGUGGUCAAGUUUUUUUUUUUUUUUAGGGAAUAUUGUUUUUCCAAAAGAGAAUAAAGAGUUUGAACAGCUAUUAUUCAAGAAAAGCCAUUUCUUUCACAUCUGAAUCACCAAGAAGUAACCCUUGUUAAACUUGUUAGAAAUCCCUGGAGGCAUUUCAAAUUAAUCGUCCAACCUACUUAAGCACUUUAAAAUACACCUUCCUUUUGUUCCUCUGUUCUCCCUUUUAUGCCUGCUUUUGAAUUAAUAUUCUCAUUGCAAUUUAACUGUCAGUGUUUCUUUUACUUCAGCAUUGUUGUUUUAUUUCUUCACAUAAGUCCUCGGUUUUGUUAACCUGUUCAUUUGAAAGUUCAGACUUGGGGUCAUUGUACCGAUACCCAAGAUAAAUACAAUUCUAUGAACUCUGCAUCAUUUGUUAAGGCUUACAUUUACCUCAGGAAAUUUACUGUAGUGAGUUCUCAUUUAUUUAAUUCUUAACUAGUCAAUGUUUCUUUAUACCUAUAAACUAGCACCUAAUUCACUGUUAGUUAAAUGAGCCAUAGAUAAGGCAGGUAAACUUCCUAAAGAAAGCCAGAGUAAGAAAGCAGCCCCUGUAAACUCUGAAUCAGUAAUGAAGCCGCUGUUGCUCAGAGAACAAUGACUAAAUCAAGAGAGGGAGGGAGGUAUUUCCGUCUCAAGUUAAAAAGGAAAGAGCCCUAGCCGUGUGCACAUUGUCUCUGACAGUGUUCUUCUUACUAGUAACUCAGUGGGCACUGCAAUGUCAUCUCCUUCUCUGCUGCACACAUUUUAGUUCACUCUGAGUCUGCCAACGUCUUUGCAAAACUUGUGAAUACGAAUUUGGCUGCAAAAUAUAGCCAAGCACCUUCCAUUGCAAGUUUUGCGAAGUGAAGAGAGAUUCGUACUUCUCAUAAGUGGUAUUUAGCACAAUUGUGAAACGCAGUUAAUGCUGUUUGUCCAUUGGUUUUUCCGUUAAGCUUUUGUAGAGGAGAAAAAACAUAAACUUGUGAUGUGGGAGAGUUAGAUUGUGUCUAACAAGCAGUGCAAUAUGGAGCUGUGCAAUAAAGGCCUACUGGUGAACUGACGUUUGUUGAAAAGUUGGAUGGUUUUGUAAGCCUCCUGCAUCGAUUGCUCUCCAGGCAGUCUUCCCCUGACUGUGAAUGCAGAGUCUAUAACGAAACCCUUUGCUCUUAUAAUUUACAUAUUUGCUUUCUGUUGAAAUAACUGAAAAUGUUAAAUCUACGAACUGUUUAUGUCUUGUAUAGAGAGUGUCAUAUGUAUUUAAGUUGUGUAUUUUUAUAAAAUAACGCCAAAUAUCAAACACUGUCUGUGAGAUGUAUUUACAUGUUGAGACACUGAUCUUUGAUGUAAAACAUACUAGGUUAGAACCCAAUCUAGCUCCUCACCAAUUGUGUCCGUAGAUAUCUUGCUUUAAUUUCCCAUCUAUAAAGUGGAGGAAAUGCUAUUCAGUAGUCCAUCAGACUAUUCUAACUUUAUUAAGUUAUGAUGAAAUUGUUUUGAUCUCUUUUAAAGAAAGAUACUAAUAUUAUUUUUGUCUUUUUAAUUCAGGUGAAACUGUUGUUAAAUCAUUCCAUUGGUUUCUUAUGACUGCCAUAACAAAUUACCACAAACCUGGUAGCUUACAACAACAGAAAUUUAUUCUCUCACGGUUCUAGGGGCCAGAAGUCAGCAGGGCCCCACUCCCUGUGGAGGCUGUAGGGGAGAAUCCAUUUGCCUCUUCCAGCUUCUGGUGGUUCUGGCUUCCUUGGAGUAUAGGCACAUCACUCCAGUCACUGCCUCCAUCUUCACAUCACCUUCUCUGUGUGUAUGUCUACCCCCUUCUGCCUGCCUCAAAUCUCCCCCUGCCUUUCUCUUAUAAGGACACUUGUCACUGGAUUUAGGACCCACCCGGAUAAUCCAGGCAAAUAAAUAGUUAAGCACUCGACUCCUAGCUGAGAAGUUGGCGGUUCAAACCAACCAGAGGUGCCUCAGAAGACAGGCCUGGCAAAAAAGCUCUGAAAGGUCACAGCCUUGAAAACACUAUGGAGCAGUUCUACUCUGCAUGCAUAGGUUCACCAUGAGUCUGAAUAGACUCGAUGGCAAUCAACAACCACCACCACCAGAUAAUACAGGAUCUCAUCUCAAGAUCUUUAGUAACAUCUGCAAAGACCUUUUUUCUUUUUUUCCAAAUUAGGGAACAUUCACAGGUCCCAGGGAUUAGAACAUGGAUAUAUCUUUUGGGGAGCCACUAUUCGACUCACUGCACCCAUUCUAGUAGUACAGAUUCGGGCUGACUAAGACAGUAAUUCAGUUAACUGGUCCUAGAACAACAAGAAUCCUUCAACAGGACUAUAGUGAGCCCAAAAUUUGAAAGUGAAAGCUGGUAGGGCCAAUCUGCAGAAGGCAGUCUAUCUCUGAAGGCUUCAAACAAGAGGAAAAAAAUCUCCACUUUUCAUCAUGUUUAUUCUUACAUAUUUCAGUGUAGCAGACAUUAAUUGUUUUUUCUGUCCAGGCCCCCCUCUCCUGACUAAUGGCCCACCCCACCUUUGGGGAUCUGCUGUGUCCUCUCCACCCUGCUAACAUGUUCUAAAGGGGAGCUGCCAGAUUCCUAUGUGACCCGCUAUUCCUGGCCACAGAGACAGGCCCACAAGAUGGGAAUGUGACCCAAGCUGAACCAGUCGGCAUCCAGGCAUUCCCUGGAACCUUUCUCCUUGGAGCUAGAAAAACAAAUUUCCUCUCAGCAUCCUACUGAUGCUGCAGCCUUGGUUCCACCCUCAUGGAAAAAAAAAAAUGAGAGAACGAAGCAGACAUUGAAAGAAAAACGGAGUUCUUAUGGCUUCAAGACUUUUCUGCUGGUCCUUGCCAUCCCUGAACUGGCUGCUCUUCAAGCCCAUAAGCCACCCCAGAAUCCUUCCACUAAAUUCCACCCCCUUGUUUUCUGCUUGGAGCCCUGGUGGUGCUCCAAGCAGAGCUCGUCUGUUAACCAAAAGGUCAGCAGUUUGAAUCCACCAGCCACUCCUUGGAAACCAUAUAGGCCAGUUCUACUCUGUCCUACAGAGUCGCUACAGAAUUGACUCAACAGCAGUGGGUUUUGGUUUUCUGCUUGUUGGUUGGAGUUUAAUUCUGUUACUUGCAACUAAAAGAAUAUUAGCGAAUAACAGCUACCAAGGAUCAUAAGCAGGAAGGAGAAAGCUGUGGCUUAUAGAUGGGUACGAUAUUUGAUAAGUAUAUUAAAGCAUGUUUAUUUUAUAAAAAUAUAUACAAUUACUUGGUAUUUCUCAAGAACUGGAGUCUUUGAUUACCUAAGCUUGUGUUUUAAACCAACAAUGACCAGCUCUAAACUGAAAAGAAAAAUCAGGCUUAUUCAAUGUGUUCCAGGGUCAAUUUAAGAUAAAUAAUUUUGUCUAGCUUUUUAGUUUCCAUUUGAUCCAUUGACUCUGAGAGACACCUCUAGUUUCUUAGAUUUUUAUUCAAACUUUGUUGUUCAAAUACUCAGUAUUUACUGAGCAUCCACUAUGUGCUAGGCCCUGCUCUAGGCACUGGAGAUACAACAGAACACAGAACAGACAAAAAUCUCUGCAUGAUGGAGCUAACAUUUUCAUGUCGUUAUUUUCCUUUAUUUGUGAAGUUGUGAAGAAAAGUUCUUCUAUAGGUUUAUUUCUAAAUAGCUAAAGUCAUGCAUGGCAAAUGUGCAUUUUUUUUUGCAAACUCUUCAAUAUAUGCAAUUUUGCCAUUAAUACUCUAUCACUGCACUGAAGAUAAUGUAGGUUGUUAAAACGCCAUAUUACUUUUUUUUUAGAACCCAACCACUACACUUAUGCAAACUCAGUUGUUCAUAUUGACCUGGAGGAAAUAGUUCUAGCUGCUAGGGGUUUCUUUAUAUAACAUUUUUAUAUUUUUAAUUAAAAUACUAAUAUAUUCUUCCAAAGAAAUUGACAGUUGUAUUCAUUUUGAGGGGCAAUAUCUAGAAUAUAAGUUUGUUGCUUUAGUCAAAUAAACAGUCCGUAUCUAUGAAGUCCCCCAGUUAAAAUUCUGAUCAGUUGACUGUUCUAAAAGCAGCAGUGACUUUAAGAAAAUAAUUUCUCCCUGCACCUAAACCGGCUCA